UUCACAAUAACGGGUGUUUGGAGCUCAGAGCGGCCAGAGGAGCUUCGACCUUCCCGGAGAACGAAGCUCUCCGACGGUUAACAAACCUCCGAUGGGAACCUCCGGCUCCAGCUGAAGGUCUGAGGACUCGGUAAAAAUCCGGUUUAACGGCAGAAAUGAGGCUUUUUCUGCUGCUGCUGGUCGCUCUGCGCGUCCCGGAGCUCCACGGGAUCUUUGACGGAGUCUGUCCGAGAAAAGCCAGGAGGAAGUACGUGUUUAUGUCGCCAUGUCUGUUGUUCUGGAUUCAGGCUGUGACAACUGCUUUUAUUUUGAUGUCCAUGAAUAUCUUAUUUAAGUUUACAGAUCCUCCUGCUGGUGCGCUGGUUUUACCUCCGGGCAGCGAGCUGUUUCUGACCUGCAGCGGUCACAUAAAGGUGGACGGAGUAAAGGUCAGCCUGUCCAGAAACACAUCGAACACCAGACAAAGCUUUCCGGGCGUCAUCACAACAACUCAAAAAGUAAUAAGCAACGGUGCAACUAAAACUUCAGAGGCUGCACCAGGAGAAAACAGAAGAUUUACUGAUCCUGGACACACAGAUUCCCCUGAUGUGGUUCAUCCAACCAGCAGCAGAAGGCUGAAGGCUGACUCUGACUGGGAGGAUGAAGAAAUGGACUAUGAGGAUGAGGAAGGAGGAGGAAGGGUCACGAGAGGCAUCAAAUCGAGGCCUCAGUGGAAGUGGAAUAAGAGCUUGGUGGGGUCAGGGGAUAAAGACUGGGGAGAUUUUACAUUUGGAAGGAGUGGGGCGACUCUAACUCUGACCUCAGUCAGGCUGGAAGACUCGGGAAAAUACAGCUGCCAUCACAGAGGACGAGAAAAGUUCGCAGUGAAAGUUAUUGUUGCAGAGCCUCUGGAAAGUCCCGUUCUGAUCUGCUACAAAAGGUCACCCAGCAGCAAAAUCCGCUGCGAAGGGAGACCUCAGAAGUCCGUCAUUAAACAGCCUCGGUGUUCCCUCUUUCUGAGCAAAGGUACGAUAAAGAAUUUCCGUCAGUUACCGUGCACGUACUCGUACCAGCAUUCCCGCUGCUGGUGCGCUCUGGACCACGUGGACGACGACAUACGAAGCCUCCACAUGGCCUUCCUGUGUCUCACAAGCAUCACGGGAAACGUCACCAGCAACCUGCUGCAGUUUACGCCGCUGAGAAUCCUGACUCCGGAUCCUCCUUCAAAUGUGUCCGUCCACCAGAAGGAAGGACAGCAGACGAAGAUGGCGGUCACUUGGAAUUUGCCGGCGUCCUGGAAGCAACAAGACAGCCACUAUCACCUCAAAUAUGAGCUCAAAUACCAACCUUCAAAGUCCUCGUUUUAUAAUGAACAGGUAAGAGAAAUUGAAAACCGGCGCUCCUACACCAUCACCGAUGCAAUGCCUGGCGUCGAGUACCAGAUACAGCUCAGAGCGAAGGAUGAGUUCGAUGGUCGAUGGAGCAACUGGAGUCCACCUUAUUACGCCAGGAGCUGGACAACUGCAAGCACACUGAUGGACGAUCUGAGCACCACAAUGCUAUCUGACACGAUCGAAGGCACAGGUUCUGGUGCAGAAUGGGAGUUUGAAGAAACAGUUUCCCCGACUGAACCAGGCUUUGCCAUGGAGGUGUCUCAUCAUGUUCUCUGGAUCUUUGCUGUAUUUGCCUUCUUCUGCAUCAUUUUGGGUGCUUACAUUUUCAGACACAGGGACAGGUUCAUGUCUAAACUCCACAACCACAGCAUCAUCGUUCGCUACCAUGACUCAUCUCCUCCUCCCACUUUGGCUCCGGCGGCUCCAGAAGUUCAGGUCCUGAUGACGUUUUCUCCGCCGAUUCGCAAGGAACAAGCGGGAAGUGACGCAGAAGAAGGAGAAGAAGAAGAAAAUGAGGAAGAAGAGACCGCGAGGGAGGCGAUGGACUCCAUGCACUUCAACAACACCAGUUACUUCUUGCUGCAGAGGGAGUGAAGCUCGCCCAGAAAAGGGGAAAAAACAGCCAAAAACUGUCUUGUUGUUGGGAUAUUUGCUACUUCAGAGCCAGUGUUACAGAUGAUAAGAUGGAAAAAGACUUUUCUAAUGAGCUUCUGUUGGAUGGAAGCUCAAGAAAAACUUCUAUAGUCUGUCCCUUGAACGCUCUAACUCUAUCUCAAGUGUAAAAUACCUCAUAAAGACUUUAUUUUUUUGUGUUAAGAGUUGUCUUUUAGCUUCUCUGUCCUUCACCUGUGGCAAUUUAACAUGUUUCAACUGUAGACUACAUGUAGGCCUCAUAGUCGGCCGGUUUCUAGCACAAAACCUCAUGUUCCGUUUGUAUAUAUUACUAAAGUUUAGCAAGUAUCAUGUCUUGUUUUUUUCAGUUUCUACAUGUUCUUCAGUGUAAGUACUUGCAGGGGACACAUUCAGCAGGAAGUCUGGGUUCUCCUUCAGGAUAUUUUUAGUGUAAAACACUUAACUUGCAGCAUUUUGGUGAAAUUUUAUUCACCAAUUUGUGACUUUUCUGCAUCAAUUUAUGAUGAAAAUGGUGGAAAGUUCAGGCGAACUCAAAAAAUAUGGGCUCUCAGGCAUUCUGUAUCGCUUUCUGUGGGAUUUUAUGCACCAUUUUGUGCCUUUUCUGCAUCAGUUUGAGGUGAAAAUGGUGAAAAAUUCAGCUGAAAUUAAAAAUCUAAUGAAAUCUAAUGACUUUAUAAAGGCUGUCAGACAUUCUGUAUUGCUUUCUGGUGAAUUUUAUGCAUCAAUUUAUGUCUUUUCUGCCUCAGUUUUAGGUGAAAAUAGUGGAACAUUCGGGUGAACUACAAAAACAACGGAAUAUAAUGGCUUUAUGAAUGCUCUUGGGCAUUCUGUACUGCAUCGUGGUGAAUUUAAGGCACCACUUAGUGCAUUUUCUGCAUCAAUUUGUGGAGGAAAUGGUGGAAAAAGCAGCUGAAUUAAGACUAUAAUGGAAUAUAAUGGCUUUAUUAAGGCUCUAAGACAUUCUGUAUUGCAUUCUAGUGAAUAUUUUUGCAUUAAUUUGUGACUUCUCUGUAAAGAUUUUAGGUGGAAAUGAUGGAAAAGUCAGGUGAAAUUCAAAUAUAAUGGGAUAUAAUGGCUUUAUAAAGGAUAUCAGGCAUUCUGCAUUGCUUUCUGGUGAAUUUUAUGCGGUAAACUAUGACUUUUCUGCAAAGAUUUUAGGUGGAAAUGGUGGAAAGUUCUGCUGAAUUUAAAGGUAUAAUGGAAUAUAAUGGCUUUAUCAAGGCUCUCAGACAUUCUGUAUUGCAUUCUGGUGAAUUUUAUGCACCAAUUUGUGCCUUUUAUGCAUCAGUUUGUGGGGGAAGUAGUGGAAGGAUCAGAUGAAAAUCAUGGCUGUAUAAAGGCUCUGAGGCAUUCUGUACCAUUUUCUGUGAAAUUUCAUGCACCAAUUUGUGCCUUUUUUGCAUCAAUUUAUAUUUUAUUGUCUUUAUUUAUUGUGGAAUAAACACAGACUUCAAAUGCCAGCUAAUAAAUGUAAAAUAUAACAGAAUGUAAUGCAGUGAAACUUCUCCUGUAGAUUAACUUUCCUCAUUAAAUGUACUUCCUGAUGAGUCACCACACGGAGAUAGCUGUUUUUUUCAGAAUAAAAGUCCUCUAUUUUUUUUUUUUUUUUAUGUUUUUACUGGGUUGGAAGAUAAAUGCAGAUGUUUCUUAAUUAAUUAGGCUGAAAAUCUACAUCUAUGUUGAAAGUCAAAAACAAGCUAGAGUUUCAUGUGUUUUCUGUGGUUUAAUUGUUAUAUUUAUGAUGGUUUCUGGGAAUAUUAACUGAUGUGUCAUGUGUCGUCAGAUGCUUCAUCAACUUUAUCCCAAGGCUUUGUCUUUAAAAGAAAUUCUUGUAUUAAAAAUUGUUUAAGAUA